AUGAAGGACGGAGAAAAAAGAAAGGCAAUGAAUAUCGUUUACCAAGCCGCCCAGACAAUUGAAAAAAAGACUUCUUUACCUUUUUUAACUGUUUUAGAAGGAGCAGUAGCGAAUGUUAGGCCAGCCAUUGAAAUGAAAAGCCGCAGGGUUGGCGCCUCAAAACAACGUGUUCCCAAAGAAAUUGAUGAGGUUCGUUCAAUGAAAAUAGCCUUGCGGUGGUUAGUCGAAGGAGCCAAAGAAAAAAAGAGCACUGAGCCAAUGUAUGAAAAAUUGGCCGGAGAAAUCAACAGUGCUUAUAAUAAGUCUGGUGAAGCCUUUAAGAAAAAAGAAAAUCUUUACAAGGAGGCUGAAUCAGGUCGGGUCUUUUCCUCCCUGUUGAACCGCUAG